UUGGUUUCUAUUCAGAAGGUUUUUUGAAUGUUUAAUUCAAAUUAAAACUAAAGUAAACUACAAGCAGAACAUAAUCUAUUAUAUGGUAUUUCAAAACAUUUUAAUUAAAAUUAGAAAUUGCUAUUAUGGUCUGGUUAGUGUUAGUGAUUUUUCUUACAACAAUUGAAAAAAAUCAAUGUAAUCAACCAAAAUCAUCAAAGUUCUUCAAGCGGAAUGAUCUAUUAAAGGAUACUUUUAACAAGUUAUUUCAGGAUGUUCCUCUAAAAGAAAAAUUGCCUGAAUAUAUUCUUGAUUCACAAAAUGAAAUUUAUUCACAAGUGAAAGAACAAUUUGAUGUUGCAGAUGAUAUUUCUAAAAAGCUGGAUGAAAUGUCUAAGCUUCCCAACACUCAACAAAAAUUAGAAAUGCUAAUUAAUGAAGCUUCUAAGAAAAACAAGAAGAUACAAGAAAUCAAGAAUAUAUAUGACACUGUUAUGAAACUAUCAAAUGAUAAAAAUUUGCCUGAAAUAGUUGAUGGAGUUGUUGCACUUGGUGGAAGUCUCAUGGAAGUUGUUGAUGGUGUUGUUAGGGGACACUGGCAAGAUAUGUUAGAAGGUGGUCUCAAUAUAGUCCAGUCAUUAUUGGUUUUGGCUGGUCCAAUGGGGUCUAUUAUCUCAACUGCUAUGAGUCUAGUUUCUGCCAUUUUUGGUCUAUUUGGAGGUAGUGUAGGAAGUAAGAAAGUCAGUGAGAACCAAGAAGGAAUGAUUAAAAGGGUAAUUGAUGAUGCAUUAAAAAGAUCACGUGCAAAGGAAUUAAAAAGUGAUGCUGAAGGAUUAAAAAAAGAAAUCAAUUCUGUAAGAAACUCAAUUAAUCAAUUUCGAGAAGAGAGCAGCAUUACCGAAGAUCAAGCAACAUUACUUUACAAUCAGGCUUUUCUUGGAGUGAGUUUCUUUGGAAAGUUAAAAGUGUACAUUGAUGAAUACUGUGAUUGUACUUCUUAUAAAGGAGAUGAAGAUUCAAAAAGAGGCGAAUUUUCUGGUAGAUGUUUAGAAUUUCUUAAUCUGUACUCGGAUAUCUCUAUUUUACGACAAUUACUUAUUGCUGAUAUGGCUAGUGUCAUUGGUUCUUUUAAUAACAUGGACAAAUUAGCUGUCAACCUUUUGAAACUUACAGAUAAAGAGAAAGUUUCAGAUAAAGAGAUUCUUACAUUUUUUUUGGAUCCAAUAAAUAACAGAGCACAGCGUUUUUGUAUUUCGCAAUAUUUUGGAGCGCCAAACAGAUACCCAACUAUUCAAUUGUACCUCUCAAAGUUAUCAAAAAUUCCUGAAGGAAAACCAAUACCUGGUAAAGCUGUCAUAUGUUCAGCAAAAGAGCUUCUAGGAUUGUGUCAAGAACUGGAGUUAACCCAAUAUGAUGAUUUAAAAGAUUGGGAAAACAAAGUUAAAUCAUUAUAUGUUCCUCAGGGAGUGUUAGUGUAUGGAUUUAGCCAGAGAUUUCAAAACGGGGCAUCAUUUGGACCAUUUCCUGGGCCUACUGUAAUAGGAUUGACACCGGGCGAGUGGAAAUCUAUUCUUAUAGUUGAAAAUAAAAAUGAUAUUAAUCAAUUUGUUAGGAUUUGUGAGGCUGAAAAUAUGGAGCAGACAGGAAGAUGUGAUUUCCUUAAGGUGCAAGAAUAUCCCUUUCUACAAAUGGCAUUAGGGACUGAUCAUGGUGUGUGGACAAAACAGGGUAAAAAGUGUAUAUUUCCUUUCAAAGAUAAAGAUGGUUUACAUUAUAGUUGUGUUGAUGGUGCAACUCAAUUCUGGUGUGCAAUAGAUGUAAAGUCUGAUCUUGUAUAUUCUGAUUAUGGCGAAUGUUUGUUUCCUGAAACCUGGGAAAAUAAAGUUGAAUCAAUUUCUAUUCCAGAUGGCAUUCAAGUUGAAAUGUUUUCUGAUGUGCAGUUUAAAGGAAAAAAAAUUGGACCAUUUUAUGGACCAAAUACAAUAAACAAACUUUGUGGUGGAAAGGAAACUAAAUCCAUGAAAGUUUCUAAAACUGAUGUCAAAACUGCUGGGAUGGUUUUAAUUUGCUCAGAAAAGUCUUUUUCAGGAAUGUGUGACUACAUUGAACCUGAGAAAUAUUCAAAAUUGAUUUUUCACGGUUGUAAUUGGAAUGAAAAGAAAGCUAGUAUCAAAAGCAUACGUGUUCCCGAUGGACUUGCCGUUGCCAUGUGGACUAAAGUUGAUUUUGAAGGCAUGCCUUUCGGGCCAUAUACAGGUCCUGUUUCUGUUCCAGAAGUAGAUGAUGGAUACACUGCCAACGAAUUUCAAAUUAAUUCUAUGAAUAUUGAAAAAUUUACUAAAUCCGAUUUGGUAUAUGAAAAAUCGGAUUUUUCAGAAAAGCGAUCAAAAACUCUAAGUUAUUCUAAAAUUUCUAAAAUCAGUCGAGUUUAAAACAGGUGCCUCUUUCAAUACUAACUAUUUAUAUUCAUAAUUGACCUUUUAAAGUAAGUUGGAAGUUAUUAAGUGUUCUUAUUUAUGUAAAUCUAAAUAAAUAAAUGAAUUUAAAUAAAUAGUUACAAAAUUA